CAAGAGAAGAGCAAAUACGUGAAGCCGAACCAUGAGUCUCGCUGCCGCAUACCGCAGAAUCCUUUCCCCACGUUCCCGGAAGACUCUGAUUUUGAGUGGCUUAGCAAUUUUCGUUUCGAUUUGGAAUGGUGCCUUGCAGUUGCAGCAAGUUGCACAAAUUUGGAAUAGUGUUACCUUUCUUGAUGUUCUUGACGUCAAGCUUACUUUUUCACGAGUCGAACGGCUUUCGUGUGCGAGUCCUCAUCCCGUCACCAUUGCUAACGCGACACACGUCGCUGCCAACAACGGGUUUCUUGAGCAACCUUCGAAUGGCUGUGGAAGUCUCCAGCGAGACUGGAGUCUCGUACCGACUCGAUCGGUGCUAGCGGCAAGCAUCGAAACGCACCAAAGCAACUGCAGUGCUCCUAUUAUGACGUUUCAUGUCGACAACGAUUUUGGUUUGGGAUCGCACCUUUAUAUGUGGAGUCAAGCUUUAUGCAACGCUUGGGAGAAAGGUUAUCGCGUACAAACACACAAUCCGAAUUGGUUGUGGCUAGAUCAAGGCUACUGCGACGCCAAGGUAGCAGUUCGCUCUCCCUUUUUGUGCUACUUUCCACAAUCAGAAGAUCGCUGCUCAGGCACUAAUAGUCGUGGGCUUUCUUCGUUUACUCAGAAUGUCUCAGACCCCCGAAACGAUCGACUACGAUGCUCGUGGAUGAAAAGGAAUGGCUAUCUAGCCGACUUUCGUGCUGCCUCGAUGGAGUAUCUUUUUCAAUCGCUAUCACCAAUAGUCAUUCAAGAGGCGCAGAGGCAAAUAGGAUUAUUAUUUGAUCAUGGUAGGGCGCCACGAGAUCUCAUAUCUGUACAUGUUCGAUGGGGUGACAAGUUUUGGGAAAUGGAUCUGGCACCAAUCAGCGAUUAUAUCGACGCUGUGCACCAUAUGGUAGCCAAACAGGGACGUGACAACGCGACAACUUCACAUAUUUACCUAUCAACAGAAGAUCCACGUGCCGCCAAAGAGUUCCUGGAAGCAGCUCCUCCCACUUGGAACGUAUAUGUGGACCGAACAGUAACAGAACUAAAUACGUUUCGACCAACAAAAGGAAACCGAGCUUCAUGGACGACACGAAACACCAAAGGACGAGCGGGGCUUGUCGCAUUGGGAUCGUUGCUGGUCGCAUUAGAAGCCGAUUAUUUCGUUUUGACGACGAAAAGCAACUGGAGCCGGCUUUGGAACGAACUACGCAAGAACGUUAUCGAUUCCCGUUGUGGAAACUGUACUCAUAUGAUCGAUCUUAGACCGGGAAAAUGGUAAUCUUUUGGUGGUUAGGAGUAUAUUUACCGUAGAACCAUGUUUCCUGGUCGA